UCUUUCUCUCUCUUCCAAAGCUGCUCUCUUUUUCUCCUUCUCAUCAAGCAAGUCCUAUUGAAACCAACGUGCUCUGUCUAAAUUUCUUAUAUCAAUCUCAUCUUUUCUUCUCUUCUCUUCGCUACGAAGCCCAAUUCCUAAGAAAAACCUUCCCCUCUCCCCAACCCCCCAACUACUCCCCCACUGACCCCCCAACCAUUCUCAAUCGACUUUAUAGACAAUUUUCCCCGGCUCUCCUCUCUCCGUUGUACCCAAUUCCUAGUCCUCUUCUCUUCGAUCUCUCUAGGCUUCUCCAGCUGGAAAUUGGAGGUUUUGGAGAAGGGGAACGAUGGAAGCUAAGAUGUGGAUCCUUGCUCUUCUUCUUCUUUCCCUUCUCUUUGACGGGAUUGGCGUUCGGGCGGCGGAGCUGAGUCGCAAGACAGAGCGGAUUUCAGGGAGUGCUGGUGAUGUUCUGGAAGAUGAUCCUGUUGGAAGGUUGAAGGUGUUUGUGUAUGAGCUGCCUAGCAAAUACAACAAGAAGAUCCUCCAAAAGGAUCCCAGAUGCCUCACCCACAUGUUUGCUGCAGAGAUCUUCAUGCAUCGUUUCUUGUUGUCAAGUCCUGUCCGAACUCUUAACGCUGAAGAAGCUGAUUGGUUCUACACGCCUGUAUACUCAACUUGUGACCUAACUCCUAAUGGACUUCCCUUGCCCUUUAAAUCGCCACGAAUGAUGAGAAGUGCUAUACAGCUAAUCUCCACAAAUUGGCCUUACUGGAAUAGAACAGAAGGGGCAGACCACUUUUUUGUUGUUCCACAUGAUUUUGGGGCAUGCUUUCACUAUCAGGAAGAGAAAGCAAUUGAUCGGGGAAUUCUUCAUUUGCUUCAACGAGCCACACUGGUUCAAACUUUCGGGCAACGAAAUCAUGUUUGCUUGAAGGAUGGUUCCAUCACCAUUCCUCCGUAUGCUCCUCCACAGAAGAUGCAGGCUCACUUGAUCCCUCCUGACAUUCCUCGUUCUAUCUUUGUUUACUUCCGAGGUUUGUUUUACGAUGUGGGAAAUGAUCCAGAGGGUGGAUACUAUGCAAGAGGUGCUCGGGCAUCAGUUUGGGAGAACUUCAAGAACAAUCCUCUUUUUGACAUCUCUACCGAGCACCCAACUACCUACUAUGAAGACAUGCAGCGGGCUGUUUUCUGCUUGUGUCCCCUGGGUUGGGCCCCAUGGAGUCCCAGAUUAGUGGAAGCAGUGAUCUUUGGUUGCAUACCAGUAGUCAUAGCCGACGACAUCGUGCUGCCCUUUGCUGAUGCUAUUCCAUGGGAGGAGAUUGGUGUGUUUGUGGCUGAGAAGGAUGUUCCAAAGCUGGAUGCUAUCCUCACAUCGAUACCAACAGAGGUCAUAUUAAGGAAGCAGAGAUUACUUGCUAACCCUUCGAUGAAGCAGGCUAUGCUUUUCCCACAACCUGCCCAACCAGGAGAUGCUUUCCAUCAAAUACUGAAUGGUCUGGCUCGCAAGCUGCCGCACCAUGAGAACUGUUUCUUGAAACCAGGUGAGAAGAUUCUGAACUGGACCACAGGUCCAGUAGGCGAUCUUAAGCCUUGGUAGCAACAGUUUGAGUCUGCUGCCCUUGCUGCUUCCUUCCUGCUGCUGAAACUGUACCAUCGGCGCUGACAAUUACUCGAACUGUACAUUUUUGUUUUGCUGUUAAGCUGUUGUUUUACAUAAUUUUUUGUAGCAUGAAUCGGGGCACGAUCAUGUUGCCUUUUACAUGGUCAUAAAUUGAUAUUAUAAGUGAAGGUUUCAACAUUAGCAUUUAUUUUCAUGUGAUCAGGAGGCCCAUAUAUUGAAGUUUGUAAUGAGAACAUCUGAUUACAGGUAAUGCUUAGUUGGAAUGUUAAAAAUAA